UUCAAGUGAGGUGCGUCACGCUUCCAGUUCCAGACGAUAUCAUCCUGUGUCUUUUCCUCUCCCACUGUCUUCUUGGAUGAUUUGAAAUACGCAUGAUUAAGCGUGUGUUUCAAGUGUAAAUUAGAAUUAUUGUAGUCCUACAUAUGUGCGAAACUCUUCAAAUAAGCUGUAGUUAAGCGCAUGAAUGACAUCAUUGUUUGUAGUCCCGUAGUGUACAAGAUUUAAAAGUCUAGUUCGGAGUCAAAGGAAAAUGCCCGUGGAAAACGGCGGUAGUGGUGAUGUGGUGGGUGGUGCCGGUGAUGUCGUUGGGGUGGUUGGUGGUUUCGAUUUAAAUGAUGAUUCUAAAGGCGUUGUAGGUGAAAUAAAAAGUGAUGAACGUCCGGAUAAAACGGAAGCUGAAAAACUCGUCGCUCAAAGCAACGGUACGAAGAACGGCGAAGUGAGGCAGACGUCAGAAUUAGCUACAAGCAACAAAAAGAGCGAUACAAGCGCCAGCUUCUUGCGAGCGGCAAGAGCAGGCAACCUCGAGAAGGUUUUGGAGUUUCUCAAAAGCAACACCGACAUCAACACGUGCAACCCGAACGGCCUGAACGCGCUGCACCUGGCCAGCAAGGAGGGGCACGCGCACGUGGUUAGCGAGCUGCUGGAGCGCGGGGCCAACGUCGACGCUGCCACCAAGAAGGGCAACACUGCGCUACACAUCGCCUCUCUUGCUGGCCAGGAGGACAUCGUACGUAUCUUGGUGGAGCACAACGCCGGUGUGAACCUGCAGAGCCAGAAUGGGUUCACACCGCUCUACAUGGCGGCCCAAGAGAACCAUGACACCGUGGUUCGCUACCUGCUCGCUCACAACGCCAACCAGAGCCUCGCUACCGAGGACGGGUUCACGCCCCUGGCAGUAGCCCUGCAGCAGGGGCACGACAAGGUGGUGGCUGUGCUGCUGGAGAACGACACGAGGGGCAAGGUGCGCCUGCCUGCGCUGCACAUCGCGGCUAAGAAAGAUGAUACCAAGGCUGCAGCCCUGCUGCUGCACACUGACCACAACCCUGACGUGACAUCCAAGAGCGGGUUCACUCCUCUGCACAUCGCGUCGCACUACGGCAACGAGAACAUCGCGGCUCUCCUCAUCCAACGUGGUGCCGAUGUCAACUUUGUUGCCAAGGUAACAACNUGUGUUGACGUUUAUUGCGCGUUUGUGCUGACGUUUGUGUUGACGUUUAUUGCGCCUCACUGCGGUCACGUUCGCGUGGCCAAGCUUCUGCUGGACCGCAAGGCGGACGCGAACGCGCGCGCCCUGAACGGGUUCACGCCGCUGCACAUCGCGUGCAAGAAGAACAGGAUUAAAGUGGUCGAACUGCUGCUUAAACAUGGCGCUAGCAUCGAGGCUACCACUGAGAGCGGGCUGACACCGUUACACGUGGCAGCGUUCAUGGGUUGCAUGAACAUCGUUAUUUACCUGCUGCAACACGGCGCUGCCGCGGACGUGCCUACAGUGCGAGGGGAGACUCCUUUACAUCUCGCCGCCCGCGCCAACCAAACUGACAUCAUCCGCAUCCUGCUCAGGAACGGCGCUCAAGUCGACGCUAGGGCCAGGGAGCAGCAGACCGCCCUGCACAUCGCGUCUCGUCUCGGCAACAGCGACAUCGUCGUCCUGCUGCUGCAGCACGGCGCUGCUGUCGACGCUACCACCAAGGACCACUACACUGCGCUGCACAUCGCGGCCAAGGAAGGCCAGGAGGACGUGGCCACUGUCCUCCUGGACCAGGGAGCCUCCCUCACGUCGACCACCAAGAAGGGCCUCACGCCUCUCCACUUGGCCGCCAAGUACGGCAACGUCAAGAUGGCCAAACUCCUGCUGCAGAAGGACGCUCCGGUGGACGCUCAGGGCAAGAACGGCGUCACGCCUCUGCAUGUGGCCGCCCAUUAUGACCAUCAGAACGUAGCUCUGCUGCUACUCGACAACGGUGCUUCACCGCACGCUACAGCCAAGAACGGCUACACGCCGCUACACAUCGCGGCGCGCAAGAACCAAAUGGACAUUGCGAACACGUUGCUCGAGUACGGUGCUAAACCUGACGCAGAAUCAAAGGCAGGAUUCACGCCUUUGCAUCUCACUGCACAGGAAGGCCACACAGACAUGUGUAGUCUGCUGGUGGAGCAAGGCGCUUCCGCAGGAAAACCUGCGCGCAACGGUCUCACCCCCAUACAUCUGUGUGCGCAGGAAGAUAAAGUCGGUGUUGCUGCGGUGCUCGUCAAAAAUGGGGCUCCGCACCAGAUCACGCCUUUGCACGUUGCCUCCAAGUGGGGCAAAGGCAACAUGGUGCUGUUUCACCAGAUCACGCCUUUGCACGUCGCCUCCAAGUGGGGCAAAGGCAACAUGGUGCUGUUGCUCCUCGACAAGAACGCUAACAUCGACGCCCGGACUCGGGACGGUCUCACGCCGCUGCACUGCGCAGCCCGGUCCGGUCACGAGACCGUCGUUGAUAUGCUGCUGGAGAAGGGGGCUCCGAUAACGGGCAAGACCAAGAACGGGCUGGCGCCCCUACACAUGGCAUCGCAGGGGGACCACGUAGACGCAGCGCGCAUCCUGCUCUACCACAAGGCGCCCGUGGAUGACGUCACCGUAGACUUUUUGACGUCGCUCCACGUCGCUGUGAACAUUUCUGGGAUUCAAAAUCAAAUUCCCGACACAAGCUCUGAAGGAAACAAAACUUCGAAUGAGGAAACUAAGGUGAAGGAACAAGUUGAUCCUGAUACUGUGUUUGAAAAAAUAUGUCCUUUGGACGGUGAGAAUUUGAAGGAGUACGACAGCAAGAAGAGAUAUGUGGAGCAUAAUAUCGACGAUUCUCUCUACAACUUCCAGAGAAACCUGGACUGGCUGAUGAAGCCUCCCCGGGAUGCCAUCAAACCAGUCCAGGAGAACUUUCUUCGCCUCAAGUCAAAACUACAGAUCGAUGUGGCGUUGCUCGAGAGCAAUCUCAUAACCAUAAUUGAAACCAAACGCCUCACGAUACCCGUGUACAGUGCCGACCAAGUCUAUGCUAACGUAUCUCUUGACAUGGAGCGCGCUGCCCUACAAAUGGAAGAGUUCGCCGGAGCCUUAAGAAUGAUUCUUGUUACUGACGUCACGUUGGGACUCUUCGUGGUGUUCUUAGUCUUGUGGCCAGUCCUCAUCUGGCUUCUGGUGACACCGUUCCUCAGGGAUUAUUUGGACAAGAGAGAUAGUUAUCGAUUGUACACCCCACUCCACCAGGCCGCCCAACAAGGCCACACCCAAAUCGUCAACCUGCUCCUCGAGCACAACGCUGAGCCCAACGCUGAGACCAAGGUUGGGGACUAG